CAGAGAGCAAAGCAAGACUUGUUGACUUAGGGUUUGAGCCCCUGCAUAAGGAGUACUAAGGAGAGAUUUUGGGAUAUUUUUCUUCUUGGAGAAGUUCACUUUGACUUUUGGGUUACAGCUGAUCUACGCUUUAGAUCUCUCAAGAAACCAUUUCUUGGUUUGGGGAUUCAGAUCCAAGAAGAUGGUGAAAGGGAAGAUCGAGAUCAAAAGAAUCGAGAACUUGACGAGUAGACAAGUCACGUUCUCCAAGCGUAGGAAAGGUCUCUUCAAGAAGGCUCACGAGCUUUCUGUUCUAUGCGAUGCUCAAGUCGCCGCCAUUGUCUUUUCUCAGAAAGGAAGAUUAUAUGAUUUCGCUAGCUCCGACAUGCAGAAGAUGAUGGAGAGAUGUGAGAUACAUAGGAAUGAGUACUUUGGGGCAGAGAAUCUCCGGAAACAGCAAUAUGUGCAGGAGCUCAAGAAUGAAAUGGUGAUAAUGGCUGACAAGAUUGAACUUCUUCGACGUCAUAGCCGGAGGCUGAUGGGACAAGAUCAUUCGUGUUCGGUGGAGGAACUCAACGAGAUAAUUUCCAAAAUUGAGAAAAGUCUUACCAAUGUCAGAUCAAGAAAGGCUAAGUUAAAUGAAGAUAAGAUAGAGAAACUGAAAGAAGAGACUGCAAAAGAGAAAGAGGUCUUCAACGAGGGAAGUAGGCUGCGGCAAAUGUUUGAAGCACAGCCCUUGUGGAUGCAGUCGAGGAGCCUGAAGAGUGAGAAGAGUGCACCUUCGCGUGACUGUGGUAACAUGAACAUAUCGGAUGUCGAAACUGAUUUGUUCAUCGGAUUGCACCCUGAAAGUCAAAUGUAAAAUGAUAUAUUCGUAUCUUUAUCAACUGGUUCUUGUUUUCGUAUUGUCCGGACAAGUAUAGUUUUAA